GCUGCAAGAUCAAAGCCCUGCGGGCGAAGACCAACACCUACAUCAAGCCUCCAGUGCGGGGUGAGGAGGCCGCCAAGGGAGCCACAAUCAAGCGGAUCCAGCAGCAGACCAACACCUACAUCAUCACGCCCAGCCGGGACCGGGACCCCGUCUUUGAAAUCACUGGUGCUCCGGGCAAUGUUGAGCGUGCCCGGGAGGAGAUUGAGACCCACAUCGCGGUGAGGACGGGCAAGAUCCUGGAGUACAACAACGAGAACGACUUCCUCUCCAGCAGCCCCGACUCCGGCAUGGAGAACCGCUACUCGGAGGCCUGGCGGGUCCAUACGCCGGCGCCGGGCUGCAAGCCCCUCUCCACCUUCCGGCAGAACAGCCUGGGGUGCAUCGGCGACUGCUCUGUCGACCCCGUCUAUGAGACCCCCCGGCUGAACGACCAAAACGACUUCAAUUACGGUUACCUCUUCCCCAACUAUGGCGUGAACAAGCAAGAUCUGUAUUACGGG